UCAAAAUAAAACCAUCGUGUCUUUUCUGCUUAUGUUAUGCACGUCAAAUUAAUGUCGUAAUGGAUGUAGAUUUAUUAAGACCAGGCACAGUGCCGAUUUCACCUGAUACAAUUCUCUGGUUUGAAUUUCUUUUAAAUCCAUCAUUGUUGGAGCAACAUUUAUCUAAACCCUUUCCUGAUCCUUCGGCUACAGACUUGAUAAUAAAAUUUAUGACAAUAAAUUCAGAACAGAAAGAAAGCGAAGUAAAAAUUGUUGAUACAGAGACGAACGAAGUAAAGCCUGCCACUGCAAAUAAAUGGAGUCACAGAAAUUUGGCUUUAAAGAUUCUCUCUUUAAGAGUAGCAGCACAUUUGAAAUGGGAUCUGGACAUACUAGAAAGAAAACUACCAUUGCCAAUACAAAUGACAUUGUUACAAGACCUUCUUUAUAUAACAUCGAAUCUGACUGUUGAAAUACCUGGUGUACCUGAAUUUUUAAUAAAUACAAUUUCUGAUCAAGUUUUGUUUACAAUGGUUCUGUGUCAUAGAUGGCACAUAAGAGCAAUUACUUACAGAGCCUUGAAUAAUAAACAAACAAAGCAACAGUUUCUUCAUAUUCCAGGUAUUCAGGAAUCAACAUAUGUACCACUUGGUGUAAUAGACGAUAUAAUUAGGAAAUUAGAAGCUCAAGCAUCUAAUAGCAUAAAUGUUUUAAACAGUGUCUUAGAAAAUAAAGAUUUAAAUCCAAAAAUGUUGUCUGUUGAUACUUUUCAAAUGCUAACCGAAGAUAGCACAGAAAUAAAACAAAAUUGGGAAAAGAUGUAUCCCAUAAAAUUAGAAGAAUUUAAGUGUCAGAUACAUUACGAUCUAACAAGGUAUCAUUUAUUGAAAGAAGAGUAUCAGGAAGCAAAGCGUCAUAUCAUACAAGCAAAAGAAUUAUUUUAUAACUUUGAUAACUCUGAGGAUAGGUUGUAUUGUAAAGUUCAAAAGGAAUUUUUAGAUGGUUGCUGCUUAGCAUGCGAAGUACCUGUAGAUGGAAUUACUUCAAGUCUUACUCAACAAUUGCAAGCAUCCAUUAAAGAUCAGUACACUAAUAUACUACAAAUUCUACAAGCAGACAAUAUUUCAAGAGAAAUUCCACAAGUUUUCAGGGAUAAUUUAGAACUUGAUAUACAAGGAGGAUCUGUUAACAGAAAGCUUGUAGUAGCUCGUGACCUUUUACUUCAAAUUCAGUGUUUGAAUUUGGUUAGAAAAAUUUUGGAUGGUAGUAUUAUUCUUGGUGAUUAUGUGACAGAAAUACGAGAAGCUGGUGCCAAAGGAAUUGAUGUAUUUUUCUGGGCUCUUGGAAAUGUUUUAGAAAAGACAUCUGGUAUAGAUAAACAACGUAUUUCUCAUUAUCUUCUCUAUCUCGUACAUACAAGCAAUGUCGAUGGAAUUGCUUCUAAAAUACUUGGCGACCCUUCGUGUAUAGCAUUAUUCAAUGAAAGGGAAUUGGAUGAAAUUAGAAAAUCAGUAGCUGCCGAAGAACUCGAAUUACCCGAUUUAUUGUUAAAGAAUGACUGGGGUGUACAAUUAGUGACAUAUACCCAAAGUACAAGAAUAGAAAUGUUCAAAUUAGAGCAAAAAUUAAUACAAUCAUACAACACUGGCGAGAUUCACGAAAUAUUGAUACAGUUGGAUGGAAAACAUCGAAUGAAACCUUUAUGGCACGUGAAUAGUUGUUGGGAAUUACCCAUUCCAUUACAGAGUGUCGUAAUGUCCCUUUCUAGGGGCUUUCUUCAAGAUUAUUCGUAUGUAUUGUUAGCGAAAAGUAGAGAAUUGGUAAUGUCGAAAGAUUUUGAAGGAGCAAUUGAAAUUUUAACUGUGUUAGAAAAAGAGGCACAGCAACAUUCGCAAAGCGGUAACACGUUAAUAUUUAAGUUAUGUAAAUUAGUGAACUGGGAAUGUCUCCUCGUUGAAAUAUGGAGGUGCCUCCAUGCUUGGCCAGCAACAAAUAUAUGCGAUACACAAAGCUUGGUCGCAAGAUGUAAACAAUGUCUUGGAACAUUACAAGCAGCAGAUCAAAUUAUUCCACGACAAGAAAUUAUCGAAUAUUGCACUGUCUUUCUUUUAAAUAUGGCUGAAUGGGACUAUCUUACAAGUCUAGAGAAACGCUGGAGUUACACCGAAUUUGCGGCAGCUAUUAGUAGCGUUUGUCAAGAUAUCGUCAAGUACAAAGGAGGACGAAAAUUUCCAAGAGAGGCAUGGGACAUGGUUUUAGUUGCGUUUGGCCCAAGCAGAGAUCAACCUCAGAAACGUAGCAGCAGUGGUAGUAGCGGAACUAGUAGUGGUAGUGCUUCGAGAGAUGUAAUUGCUAGCAUAGGAAGUACUCUAAGUAGAUUACGCGAACCUAUGGUUCUUACUGUCGUUAUAUCAUUGUUAGCACGUUUACGCAACGUUUUACGCGAUGAAUCGAGCCUUGAAUUACAUACACAAUAUCUUUCCCUUUGGCCAGCUGGUGUACCAAAUGCUAAUUCUUAUAACAUCAGAAGUAUCGGAGAAUUAUUAUUUCAACUAUUAACACAAGCUCUGAAAUAUUAUCCGAGUAAUGUUUGUUGGUUGAGAUUGUUAGGAGAUCUUAAUUUCGUUUUAGGAUAUUACGAGAGCGCUAUGAAAUCGUACUUGGAAGCUAUUAUGGUGGCUAGCGAUCUGUUUAGUCAACCAGUACCGCGUUUGCAGAUCGACGAUCUUGUUUAUAGACGUAUGAUUAAGUGUUGCGCUCAUUUACAGUGUUACACUCAAGCUGCUGUUUUAUGCCAAUUUUUGGAGGAGGUAGAUUAUUCUUUAGCAUUUAAAAUGGCAGCGAGUGACCAAAAAAGUUGUGCUUCAGCUGAUGCUAUGGAUGCAUAUUAUCAUUGUAUUUGGGAUACGACGAUACUCGAAUAUCUUAUACAUUUGCACACAAAACGCGGAGAACAUCAUAGGAAACAGCUGGCGAUUAAAGUAAUCGGCUUAUUGGAAUUAAAUUCCAAUAAUAACGAGGAGAUACAGCGAGAGGCAGCAAAUAUUCGAAAAGCAAAAUUUUUGAGAGCCCUGGCGAAGCAGUACGUUUAUUAAUAAAAAUCCAUGUGUAUCAGAUUAUGUACCACUGUGUAACUUUUUACCAUGUAAAUACAUCGUGUUUUAUAUAUAUAGUUGUAACCGACAAUUGAAACAAUCAAAUCUCCCUCCAUUUCUGCGUUCAGCUUGUACCAAUCACGGCUUUUUGUUUUUUAUUCUUUGAUCGAUCUUACGAAACGUGAAAUUAACGAAACAAUUUUAUCACUUACGAUAAUUUGAACAAAUUAACGACACGUAACAAUAAAAAUGUAAAAAAAUAAUGUAAAACAACGUUUUUUUUUUUAUUAUUGCUAAAGUUUCGUAACAGUUUCUAAUGUAACAUUUUUUCCAAGUGAGUCAUCUACGAUCUACGAUCAGCCCUUAUCGUUGAAUACAUUGUCGUUGCGUAGCACGAUGAGUGCAUAUUACUGUUAUACGUGAACGUAUAUAGAUAAACAAUGUUUGCGUAUUAGAAAUACAACGGACGAGAAAAGUUCGAUUAUCGACGCAAAUAUAAAACGACAGUGAAGUUGGAGUAAUUGUUGGCAACGUACAUCAAAUAUAGUUAAAGUGUACAGUUUCUCGCCGUGUUCGGUCUUCGUAAACACGGCGCCAUGAUGUUCUCGAACGCCAUAACACUGUUAUACGACGUUUUGUUCUUUCUACGGAUAAAUAUUUGUUGUUGAGACUGCAUAUUAAAAACGAAGGAAAAAAAAAAUAAA